ACCCGAGCCGCUCGCACAAGAUGGCGGAGCUGGAGGAGGUGACUCUGGACGGGAAGCCGCUGCAGGCGCUGCGGGUGACCGACCUGAAGGCCGCCCUGGAGCAGCGAGGACUGGCCAAGAGCGGGCAGAAGAGCGCCCUGGUCAAGCGGCUCAAAGGGGCGCUAAUGCUGGAGAAUUUACAGAAGCACUCAACACCCCACACCGCUUUCCAGCCCAACUCCCAGAUCGGAGAGGAGAUGAGCCAGAACAGCUUCAUAAAGCAGUACCUGGAAAAGCAGCAGGAGCUGCUCAGGCAGCGGCUGGAGAGGGAAGCUCGGGAAGCUGCGGAGCUCGAAGGUAAGAGCUGUGCUGCCUCCGAAGAGAAAGGGGAAUCUGACGAAGAGAGACCCAGGAAAGGAGAGAGAAGGUCAUCUAGAGUCAGACAGGCCAGAGCGGCCAAACUCUCCGAGAGCAGCCAGGCUGCCGAAGAAGAAGAAGAGCACGAGACGCCCCCCAGGAGCCUGAGGGCCAGAGCAGACCGUAAUGUGAAAACAGAAGAGGAGGAGGAAGAGGAAGAGGAGGAGGAGGAGGAAGAGGAGGAGGAAGACGACGAGGAAGAGCUGAUCCGGAAGGCGGUGGAGGCCCCCGUCCUGGCGAGCCAGUGUCCAGGGGCAGCGGAGGAGGAGUCACCCAAAGCAGCGCCCCUGGAGCUGGUGGAGCAAGGGCCCCAGGAGCCUGAGGGACCAGAGAGAGAAGAGGAAGUCGCGAGACCCCAAGAGGAGGCCGAGGAAGGCCUCCUGGCCCAACCGCAGCAGGAAGAAAGCGUGAUGGCUACCGGCCCCCUGGACCAGGAGGAGGGGGAGAAAGGAGGAGGAGGAGACGGAGGGAUGGCUGCCCAAAGCCAGGAGCAGAAGCAGAGGUCUCCUUCCCCACCCCGGCUGACGGAAGGGGAAGUGAAGGCCCCCCCUGCGUCCCAGGCAGAACCCAUCACCAGGGAGGAGGAGACCCCUCCCCCUCUGCUGACCAAGGAAGCGUCCUCCCCACCGGCUCCUAGCCAGCUCCUCCCAGGUGAAGAGGAGGAGCCCCUGGAAGCCCCCGCACCUCCUGACCUCACCCAGCGAUCGCCUCCCGGUCCCGAGGCCGGGUCCCCGGGGCAACUGCCGGCCCCCAGCCCCCCAGCCGCCCUCCCCGGGGCAGGGAGGCCGGUGCCCGCUCCGGACUCCAAAGUCGAGACUGCACCGGAAGAGCAGGCCCUCCCCCCGGCGCAGAUGAGCGCCGCGGCCGGACCCGCGACCCAGGUGGCCCCCGGAGCCGAGCCGGAGCCCCAGGCGGAGGUGGAGGCCUUACCCGAGAUCCCCCCGGAGCCCCUGCCGGGCCCGGAGCAGAAGGAAGGCCGGAGGGCCUCUCCCUCUCCCCCGCCGAGCCGCAGGUUGAAGAGCCCGGCCGGCUCUUCAUCUUCCAGCCGCUCCUCCUCCUCCUCUUCCACCUCCUCCUCUUCCAGCUGCCAUUCGCACUCCCGCUCCCGGGCCAGUUCAGCUUCCCGAUCCCGCUCGCCUGCCAGAUCCAAGGAGGGAGGGGCGCUGCAGUCCCGCUCUCGCUCCAGGCCCCGGGCCGGGCCCAAGGUGGGCUCCAGGUCGACAUCGGAGUCCAGAUCCCGCUCCUGCUCCGCUUCUAGCAACAGUCGAAGAUCUCAGAGCCCUGGCAUCUCCAGAGACAGACCCGGCUCCUCGCAAACCAAAGAUCCCUCUCCUCGGAGGGACGCCGACCCCCUCAGCACCCCACCAGCCCCGCAACACCAGGUCCCCGAGCCAAAGGAGGGAGUCGCCAACUCCCCGGCCCCCACUAGGCCCGGGGCCCAGGCAGAGCCGACCGAGAAACCCGAGACUCCGAGGCAGCCACUGGAAAGGGGAAGCCCCGAGAAGGUCAAGGCCGAAGAUGAGGCAGAGCCAGCUGCCGUGGGGCCCCAGGCCCCAGAGACCCUGACCCAGAAGGCACAAGACCCAGAAAGCGUCCAGCACAAUGUCGAGGAGAAGGAAGAAGUGACCAUGGACACGACCGAGAGCAGAGCCGAGACCGAAGCCCCGGAGCCGCCCACGGCAGCGGUGGCGGCGGCGGCGGCGGCGGCGGUGGCAGUGACCGAACCUGCCGGCGGCGAGGAGCGAGCCGAAGGCGGCCCCGAGGAUGACGAGAAGAAAGAGAGCGCACUACCCAAAUCCUUCAAGAGAAAGAUCUCCGUGGUCUCGGCAGCAGCAGCCUCCAAGGGGGGCCCUUCGGGCAACAGCGACACGGAGGGGGGUCAGCCCGGGCGGAAGCGGCGCUGGGGGGCCAGCACGGCCGCCACGCAGAAGAAACCCUCCAUCAGCAUCACCACCGAGUCGCUCAAGAGCCUCAUCCCCAACAUCAAACCCCUGGCGGGACAGGAGGCCGUGGUGGACCUGCACGCCGACGACUCCCGCAUCUCCGAGGACGAGGCGGAGCGCAACGGCGAGGACGCCGCCCACGACAAGGGCCUGAAGAUCUGCCGGACGGUCACCCAGGUGGUGCCCGCCGAGGGCCAAGAGAACGGGCAGCGGGAGGAGGAGGAGGAGGAGAAGGAGGCCGAGGUCGAGCCUCCCGAGGUUCCCCAGGUCUCUGUGGAAGUGGCCCUGCCCCCGCCCGUGGAGCACGAAGUGAAGAAAGUGAGCCUGGGGGACACCCUGACCCGCCGCUCCAUCAGCCAACAGAAGUCGGGUGUCUCCAUCACCAUCGACGACCCCGUGCGCACGGCCCAGGUGCCCUCCCCGCCCCGGGGCAAGAUCAGCAGCAUCGUCCACAUCUCCAACCUGGUUCGCCCCUUCACCUUGGGCCAGCUGAAGGAGUUGCUGGGUCGCACCGGGACCCUGGUGGAAGAGGCCUUCUGGAUCGACAAGAUCAAAUCCCACUGUUAUGUCACGUAUUCAACUGUGGAGGAGGCCGUCGCCACCCGCACGGCCCUGCACGGCGUCAAGUGGCCCCAGUCCAACCCCAAGUUCCUGUGUGCCGACUACGCCGAGCAGGACGAGCUGGACUUCCACCGGGGCCUGUUGGCGGACCGGCCCUCCGAGCCUAAAUCCGAGGAGCAGGGCGGCCCACGGCCCCUGCACCCCCCGCCCCCGCCCCCGGCCCAGCCGCAGCAGCAUCCGCGGGCGGAGCAGCGGGAGCAGGAGCGGGCGGUGCGGGAGCAGUGGGCGGAGCGGGAGCGGGAGAUGGAGCGGCGGGAGCGCACCCGCUCCGAGCGGGAGUGGGACCGGGACAAAGUGCGCGAGGGGCCCCGCUCCCGCUCCCGCUCCCGCGACCGGCGCCGGAAGGAGAGGGCCAAGUCCAAGGAGAAGAAAAGCGAGAAGAAAGAGAAAGCCCAGGAGGAGCCACCGGCCAAGCUGCUGGACGACCUCUUCCGCAAGACCAAGGCAGCGCCGUGCAUCUACUGGCUCCCCCUGACAGACUGCCAGAUCAUCCAGAAGGAGGCCGAGCGCGCCGAGCGCGCCAAAGAGCGGGAGAAGCGGCGGAAGGAGCAGGAGGAGGAGGAGCAGAAGGAGCGCGAGAAGGAGGCCGAGCGGGAGCGGAGCCGGCAGCUGGAGCGGGAGAAGCGGCGCGAGCACAGCCGGGAGCGCGAGCGGGAGCGCGAGCGGGAGCGGGAGCGAGACCGGGGGGAGCGGGACCGCGAGCGGGAGCGGGGCCGGGACCGGCGGGACGCCAAGCGCCACAGCCGCAGCCGCAGCCGCAGCACGCCCGUCCGAGACCGGGGUGGGCGCCGCUAGCCGGCCGCGCGGCUGCAGGGAGAGCCGCGCCGGGCACCGGGCACCGGGCACCCCCGCUCCGCUCGGGGCCGAGGCCCGACGGGGGCCGCC